AUGCAGAAGAAUCGCCACAGAAGUGACAGGCAGGUGAAUAACCGUAAAGUGAAUGUGCUCAUCAAUGGAAAACUGAUAAGCGAGAAAUGGAUGAAUGUGCAAGUGGGAGACAUCAUAAAGUUGGAGAACAACCAGUUUGUCACAGCCGAUUUGCUCCUGUUGUCCAGCAGUGAACCUCUCAACAUAGUGUACAUUGAAACUGCGGAGCUGGAUGGAGAAACCAACCUGAAGGUUAAACAGGCUCUGACUGUAACAGGAGACAUGGGAGACUAUUUAGAGGCUUUGGCUGCAUUCAAUGGGGAGGUGUACUGUGAGCCUCCUAACAACCGUCUGGAUCGCUUUAUGGGCACGCUGACAUUCGGCACACAGAAAUACUCUCUGGACAACGAGCGAGUCCUGCUUAGGGGCUGCACACUCAGAAAUACAGACUGGUGUUUUGGCCUGGUGUUGUUUGCAGGCCCAGAGACUAAAUUGAUGCAGAACUGUGGGAAAAGCACCUUUAAGAGGACAAGUAUCGAUCGACUCAUGAAUGUACUGGUGCUCUUUAUUUUUGGGCUUCUGGCUCUGAUGUGUAUUAUUCUGGCUGUGGGGAAUGGGAUUUGGGAAAACCAUGCAGGGUCAAAGUUCAAUGCCUUUCUUCCACGGGAAGAGAACACUGGGUUUUCAGCGUUCCUCACUUUCUGGUCUUACAUUAUAAUCCUCAACACUGUGGUGCCCAUCUCGUUAUAUGUCAGUAUGGAAGUAAUUCGGUUAGGCAACAGUUACUACAUCAACUGGGACAGGAACAUGUAUCAUGCACGAACUGACACGCCAGCUGAGGCUCGAACCACAACGCUCAAUGAAGAGCUCGGUCAGAUCAAAUACAUCUUCUCAGACAAAACCGGCACGCUCACCCAGAACAUCAUGACCUUCAACAAAUGCUCCAUUAAUGGGAAAUCUUAUGGAGAUGUUAUUGACCACUAUAGUGGACAGAGGCUGGAGAUCACAGAGGAAAUGACACCAGUGGAUUUCUCCUUUAACCGGCUUGCGGACCCAAAAUUCAUCAGGAUUCGUAAUCCAGAGGGCAAGCUCUCGCUGUACUGUAAAGGAGCAGACACUAUCAUAUAUGAGAGACUACAUCCCUCCUGCAGUGAACUGAUGAAGGUCACCACUGAGCACCUCAAUGAGUUUGCUGGUGAGGGGUUGAGAACUCUUGUUCUAGCAUAUAAGGAUUUGGAUGAGGAAUAUUUUUCAGAGUGGAAACAGCGCCACCAUGAGUCCAGUGUGGCGCUGGAGGACCGGGAGGAGAAUCUAGAGAAACUAUAUGAGGAGAUAGAGAAAGACAUGAUGUUAAUCGGAGCCACUGCAAUAGAGGAUAAACUUCAGGAUGGAGUCUCUCAGACCAUUGAACAGCUGACCAAAGCCGAAAUCAAAAUCUGGGUGCUCACUGGUGACAAGCAAGAGACCGCUGAGAACAUUGGCUACUCGUGUAACCUGCUGAGGGAGGAGAUGAACGACGUGUUUUUUGUUGCAGCUAACUCACCUGAGGAGGUCAGACAGGAGCUGAGGGAUGCCCGUCUAAAGAUGCGUCCUGCCACUGAACAAGACAAAUUCCUUAUUCCUGAGAUUAUUCUGGGUGAUACUCCUAAAGUGGUUCAGGACGAAAACGUAAAUGGAGACUACGGACUGGUGAUAAAUGGACACAGCCUGGCAUUCGCUCUGGAGAGCAACAUGGAGCUGGAGUUUUUACGGACAGCUUGCAUGUGCAAGACGGUCAUCUGCUGUCGGGUGACUCCUCUGCAGAAAGCUCAGGUGGUGGAGCUGGUCAAGAAAUAUAAGAAAGCAGUCACUCUAGCCAUAGGAGACGGAGCUAAUGAUGUCAGCAUGAUUAAAGCGGCUCAUAUCGGUGUGGGUAUCAGCGGUCAGGAGGGGAUGCAGGCAGUGCUGUCUAGUGACUUUUCUUUCGCUCAGUUCCGUUUCCUGCAGCGCCUCCUGCUGGUACACGGCCGCUGGUCAUACCUGCGCAUGUGCAAGUUCCUGCGCUACUUCUUCUAUAAGAACUUUACCUUUACCUUUGUACACUUCUGGUACGCAUUUUUUUGCGGCUUUUCUGCUCAGACGGUGUAUGAUGAAGGCUUCAUCACUUUGUAUAACUUGGUAUACACCGCCCUGCCUGUUCUGGGAAUGAGUCUGUUUGACCAGGAUGUGAAUGCUGGCUGGAGUCUGGAGUACCCUCAGCUUUAUGUGCCAGGGCAGUUGAGUCAGUACUUCAGUAAACGUGAUUUCAUGAUGUGUGCACUUCACAGCUGUUACAGCUCUUUAGUGCUGUUCUUUGUGCCUUACGCUGCCACAUAUGACACGGCGAGAGACGAUGGCAAAGAUGGUGCAGACUAUCAGUCAUUCGCACUGAUUACUCAAACCUGUCUCACCGUCACUGUGUGUGUACAGUUGGGGCUGGACCUCUCAUACUGGACUGUUGUUAACCAUCUAUACGUGUGGGGAAGUUUGGGAAUGUUCUUCAUAUUGACCUUCACCAUGUACACUGAUGGACUUUUCCGGUUACGUCCAUCUUCUUUUGCAUUCAUAGGAACUGCCCGAAAUUGUCUUAACCAGCCCAACGUGUGGCUGACUGUUGCAUUGACAGCUAUACUGUGUGUGCUGCCUGUGGUUGCUUACCGGUUCUUCUACAGCCAGAUCUCUCCUACCAUCAAUGACAAGGUGAGGUAUAAGGUGCGUCAGAUGAAGGAGCCUACUCCGCGUCCGCGCCGCACCAGGCUCACCCGAAGGAGCACACGGCGGUCCGGUUACGCCUUCUCGCACGCCCAUGGUUAUGGUGACCUCGUGACCUCUGGCAGAUUUCUGCGGCGUCAUGCACCUGCUCGCUCCAUGGGCUUGAUUCCCACAGGACGCUCUCCUGGGUUCAAGCCCACAGGUCGGUCUGCGGGUUACAGCCCGGUCGGGCAAGAACAGAACCCCAAACAGAAAGUAGAACCAACGUCACUGCAGAUGUUCCGUGCGGUUAAAGACGCUUCCUUUUGAGGGUGCAGCUUUUCAACCAGAGAUAGAACCAAAACCUUAAAUGCUGUUUACAGGGUUUGAACUCUUGGGGACAAUUUCACAGCUGCUGUGUUAUGCGUAUAUAGCAGAAUACUAUAUACGCACACUAAGUACAAAAGACUUGAUUCCUAAAUGUACGAAAUCUUGUUGAGUGUGCAUAGACACAUUUGUCACUCAAAAUGCAAGUGUGGUUUACAGCAAGAACAAACUGAAAUAUCUGUCAUGCUGAAGGACAGAGAGUAUAUACACAGAGCCGAUCCUCCCUAUACGCAAAAUACGCAAGCUGCGUAGGGCCCCUGAAACACCAGGGGCCCCCCUUGCUCUCAGAGAUGAUUUAAUUUUAGUUUCGUUUUUGAAUUUGGCCAGCGGUUAU